AUGGGAGAUCCCUGUGGCAAGCAGUCUGGCGGGCUCAUACCAACUACGGAUGGCCGGUUCAUUUUUAACGGUAACUCAUGGGAAUAUAACCACCAUUUUCCAUAUAAAGAAAACCAACUGCACGGCCGGCUAUGGUUUAAAGAUAACAAAUGGUGGCAGGAAAAACCAGGUUCCACAGAUGACAAGGGCCUUAAAGAGUUUCUAUCCAAAUUCCCCCCUACAGAACCUUCAUCCCACCAAUGCGGCGUUCAGAGUCUCCCCACGCCCGGAUUCAGAGACAGUAGAAAGAGGAUCAUCGGUGGUAAACCUGCAGAGCCAGGGAACUGGCCUUGGGUGGCACAAAUAGCUUAUGGUCGCCCCCCUAUACUGGGUCAUUUGUGUGGAGGAGUACUUAUUGCCCCACAGUUUAUGCUCACUGCGGCUCACUGUGCUACGUUUUUCGGUGAAAGACUAGACCAGUGGCAGAUCACGCUUGGAGAGUCAGACCUGCUACUGGAGGAGGGUUCUGAGCAAGUUUAUACUGUAGCUACGUGGGAAAACCAUCCAGAUUUUGAUCCAGCAACUCUGAACAAUGAUGUGACGUUGGUGAAACUUGACCGACCUGUGGCUGGGAGUAAAUACGUCAGCCCUAUCUGUUUGCCUACCUUCCGAGAAGAUGGCGGAACCAAAUGCAUUGUCGCUGGUUGGGGCUUUUCUAAACGUAUGUACAGGGUAAAUCUCACGACGGGUGUUGCUGACGAAAAUUAA